GUAACAUCGGACGCAUGUGGGCUUUCGGAAGAUUUACUUGACAAAAGACAAAGGUUGCACGAGGAGGGAGGCGCGGCUGUAAGAAGGGAGAAGUAGCGAACACUAAAUAUCUCCUCUGCUUUAGAGGAGUAACGAUGAAGGUGGGCGCUAUUUUGUGGCUAAUGACCGUCUCCUCCAGCAUUGGUGCUGAGAAGUUUGUGGUGAUUCAGGACAAGUCCAGCAUUGUUGCCACAGAAGGGGAGACGGUGGUUAUUCCAUGCAGACACAAUGUCACGAAUAAGGUAUGGUCAUACCGUUGGUUCAAGGGUGCCCGAAAUGGAAUAGAAGUGACCAAUGAAACAGCAGAGUACAGAGGCCGCUUCUUCAAACCUCAAGGGGGUGAUCCCUCCACUAACAGCACAGAUGUUUCUAUGGAACUGAAGGACGUGCGGCCGAAUGAUUCUGGGAUGUACUUCUGCAGGUUGGAGGCAAUACAGUGGGAAAUGUAUGGGGCAGGGACGAAUCUCGCAGUGAGAGGCAUUGGUGCUGAGAAGUUUGUGGUCAUUCAGGACAAGUCCAGCAUUUUUGUCACGGAAGGGGAGGCGGUGGUUAUUCCAUGCAGACACAAUGUCACGAGUAAGAUAUGGUCGCACCACUGGGUCAAGGGUGCCCAAAAUGGAACAGAAGUGACCAGUGAAACAGCAGAGUACACAGACCACUUCUCCACAUCUCAAGGGGAUGAUCCCUCCACUAACAGCUCAGAUGUUUCCCUGCAACUGAAGUACGUGCAGCUGAGUGAUUCUGCGAUGUACUUCUGCAAGUUGAAGACAAAGGAAUGGGAAAUAUAUGGGGCGGGGACAUAUCUCACAGUGAGAGCAAAAAGCAAGAGUUUCACGGUUACGCAAGGCCAGUCCAGUAUAUUUGCAGGUGAGGGUGAAACGGUCCUCAUAGUUUGUAGCCAUAAUGCCAAUCACACCAGAGACACCGUGUUCUACAGCUGGUACCGGAACACAUCCGAAGUCUCCAACGGGACGGCAGAGUUUGCAGGUCGCGUCCUUGGGCCUGACCAGGAGGAUUCCUUCAAAGCUUCCAUUAAGCUGGUGGAUGUGAGGGAGAGCGAUUCUGGAAUGUAUUACUGCAAAGUACGGAUAGACGGGAUUGGCGAGGAAAUCGGAGAAGGAGUAUGGCUGACAGUCAGUCACACACGCAAAAUGAAAUUUGUCACAAUUCUCCUGGUGAUCCUGUCCACAGUGUUUGGAAUAUCAGGGAGCAUCCUGCUCAUCAGCAUCCUGUUUCGUAGAAAACUACGCAGCGUAGACAAUUCUCUCCAGGUUCAAAGACAGGAGCUAUCUACUCUGAACGACAGCACCGCAGCGGAUGAUUUACCUCCACCCCCAUUGGAGGAAGGACCUUGGAUGGAGUUCCAGCCAGAAGACGAAUUGAUCUGCCCACCAAUGCAAAUGCAGGACUACGACGACAACGAGAUGAACAUGACAGCAAAUCCUAGCUUCCAGCCUGAAGAAACCACAAACCAGGAAAACUUGGAAUCUGGAUCCUAGAACCUACUAGGAACUGGCACUGUCCUAUCGUCCUCUAUGACUCGUUGAAUCUAAAUCACCAUGUUGUGUUAAUCGGAUGAGCGCCUGCAGUGUUUUGUAUAUUAAAGCCAAUUUUCUACUUCCUUCUCUGCCUGUCUGCCCCGUCCCAGGUUCCAAGAUGUUACUGGUGAUACAUUUUGUGAGCAACAAACAAAACUAAUUUCCACCAACUACAUCAGAAUCCUACCACUACACAUAUCCAGCAUCUUCUAUGUGAUCCCAGCACUGAACAUAUCCGCCACCUCCAAAAGGAUCCUACCACUGAACAUAUCUGCCAUCUCCAACAGGACCCUACCUCUAAUCAGAUAGGCCAUCUCCAACAGAAUUCUAUCACUGAACAUAUCUUUACCUCCACAGGGAUCACUCCAUCUGCAAUUCCCUUGUCUAUUCAUCCCUCACCACUAAUCUCCCUCCCAGCACUUAUCACUGUUAGCAGCUAAAGUGCUACACCUGCCUAUUCGCCUCCUCCUUCAUCUCGAUUCAGGGCCCCAAACUGUCUUUCCAGGUGAGGAAGACUUCACCUGCAAAUCUGUUGAGUUUGUCUAUUGUGUCCACUUCUUCUUCUGUGGCCUGCUCUACACUGGUGAGACCUGUCGUAAAUUGGGGGAGGGGUGCCACUUUAUCGAGCACCUCCACUCCAUCCACCAAAAACGGAACUUCCCGGUGGCCAAACAUUUUAAUUCCACACCCAGUCCCAUUCCUACAUGUUGGUCCAUGGUCUCUUGUGCCUCGAUGACGCCACCCCCUGGGUGGAGUGGCAACACCUUAUAUUCUGUUUGGGUACCCUCCAGCCAAAUGGCAUGAGUACUGAUUUUCCUUCCAAUAGAAAAAAUCCCUCCGCCUCCCCUCCUCUCUAUUCCCCACUCUGGCCUAUUACCUCUUCUCACCUGCCUAUUACUUCCCCCUGGCUUCCCUCUUCUUCCCUUUCUCCUAUGGUCCACCCUCCUCUCCUUAUCAGAUUCCUUCUCCUCCAGCCCUUUAUCUUUCCAACCCACCUGCCUUCACCUAUUACCUUCGAGCUAGCUUCUUUCCCUUACACCCACCUUCUUAUUUUGGUGUCUUCCCCAUUGUAUUCCAAUCCUGAAGAAGGAUUUCGGCCCGAAACAUCAACAGUUUAUUCAUUUCCAUAGAUACUGUCUCACUUGCUGAGUUCCUGCAGCAUUUUGUGUGUGUUGCUUUGGAUUUCCAUCAUCUGCAGAUUUUUGCAUGUAAACAAAACUAUUCUAUUAAAUAUAU